AUGGAUUACCAGAAUCGCGCAGGCUCCAAAUUCGGCGGCGGAGGAGUUGCUUCCCAUUCCGCCACCAACGCCGACCGGCGCGAACGACUCCGCAAACUGGCGCUCGAAAACAUCGACCUCGAAAAAGAUCCCUACUUCUUCAAAAACCAUGUAGGCAGUUUCGAAUGCCGCCUCUGUCUGACCGUCCAUCAGAACGACGGCUCCUACCUCGCACACACCCAGGGCCGCAAACACCAAACCAAUCUUGCCCGCCGCGCUGCCCGCGAACAGAAAGAGGGUAAGGGCCAAGAUGGCUCCCUCCUGCCCGCCGCCAUGGGGGUGCAGGUGAAGCGCAACACAGUCAAGAUCGGCCGGCCCGGAUACAAAAUCACCAAGACGAGAGAUCCGCUCACGAGACAGCACGGGUUGCUCUUCCAGCUGCAGUAUCAGGAAAUCACGCCGGGGGAGGUGCCACGAGUACGGUUUAUGUCUGCCUUUGAGCAGAAGGUUGACGAUCCUCCGGAUAAGAAUUUUCAAUAUUUGCUGGUUGCGGCGGAGCCAUAUCAGACAUGCGGCUUCAAGUUGCAAGCCAGGGAGGUGGAUAGAAGUGAGGGGAAGUUCUGGACGUGGUUUGACGAGGAUAGCAAGGAGUUUUGGAUACAGGUUAUGUUCAAAACGGAGAGGGAGGAGCGGUAUUCUGGUGUGCCGGGUCUUGCGCCUGUACGAAGAUGAGACAAAGGUGUUUGUCUUGGGAGGUCCGUUUCCUGGGAGUUUCCUGGUUUUUGAGCCUGUGUUUUUUUAAAAAACCUAUUUUCUUUUCCCCAAUGGAGUUCUAGGUAUUUUGUGGAGUUUUGCCAAUGGAAUUUCGGCGCCUGCAGUAAAUAAUUGAAAUUGUGGCCUACAAAUACCCUAAUAUGCGGAUGAUCUAUUUAAACUCACCAAAUAUGACUCUUUAUUUGCUUCUCC